AUGCACGAAGGAGAAACUUUAAAGGCAUAUUCGGAUAGGUAUUGGGAGAUGUACAACGAGAUGGAUGAAAACCACGACGACGUCGCCAUCAAUACGUUUAGAAGUGGUCUCCCCACUGAGCAUUGUUUAAGGAAGUCCCUAACUGGUAAACCCAUUACCAAUGUUCAUCAACUGAUGGACAGGAUUGACAAAUACAAAUGGGUGGAAGAGGACCAACUACAAGGGAAAGGAAAGGAGAAGAUCAUCCCUCACAAGGGGAAUGAUUACAGGUCGGAACGAUACAACAGUAACCAGCCGAGAAGAGAUUUUGCAAGACAAGCUGGACUAACCAACAUGCAGGCGGUUAAUGCCGUAUUUAGAGAGCCGGUGCAACAGGUUUUGGAGAAAGUCAAGAACGAGCCUUUUUUUAAAUGGCCGAAUAAAAUGGCUGAAGACUCCUCAAAGCGUAACCAGAGUUUGUAUUGUCAAUACCACCAAGACCAUGGACAUACCACCGAAGACUGCAAGAAUCUAUGGAACCACUUGGAUUAG